AUGGUGAGUCAGCUCGUGUGUCGCACAGGGGGUUUCUGUCGGACUCGACCUCGCUCGAUCAUCAUCAUCAUCAUCAUCAUCAUCAUCAUCAUCAUCAUCAUCAUCAUCAUCAUCAUCAUCAUCAUCAUCAUCAUCAUCAUCAUCAUCCACGAACAUCACCAUCGUAAUUCAUCAUCGUCGUGGUUAUGCAUCAUCGUGCUGGCUAUCGCAUACUUUGCUGUUGUACAUCAGGUCAUCUUCCAAACCUUCAUUGAAUACUGGUGGACCAUGCGCCACGUCUUGCACGCCGAGUCCGAGCUCGAUUUAGAAGCUCUCAACACGGCCUGCCGCUGA